GUCAUAGCGAAACAAAAUGGAUGCGCCCAUGACCGACCACUUGUCAACAGUACGCCAUGUGAUUUUGGUAUUGUCUGGUAAAGGUGGAGUUGGAAAAAGCACGGUGGCAUCACAGCUUGCCCUUGGACUAAAACAUGCUGGUAAAAAGGUGGGAUUGCUAGACGUGGACUUAUGUGGUCCAAGUGUUCCUAAAAUGUUUGGUGUGGAAGGAAAUGACAUUCACCAAUGUCCUGAGGGUUGGUUACCAGUGUAUGUAGACAAGGAACAGAGACUGGGUGUGAUGUCUAUAGGUUUUCUUAUCGAAGGCAAAGAUGAUGCAGUGGUCUGGAGAGGACCAAAGAAAAAUGCUAUGAUCAAGCAGUUCCUGAGUGAUGUAGUGUGGCGUGAUAUUGAUUACUUGGUUAUUGAUACCCCUCCUGGUACCUCAGAUGAACAUAUUACUGUGAUAGAAAGUCUCAAAUCUUACUGUCCAGACGGUGCUUUACUGGUGACCACACCACAGGGUGUGGCUGUCGGAGAUGUUAGGAGGGAGCUGACAUUCUGUCAUAAAACUGGAGUACCUGUUCUUGGUAUCAUAGAAAACAUGAGUGGAUUUGCAUGCCCAUGUUGUGGUGAGGUGACCAAUGUUUUCUCGAAAGGAGGUGGAGAGGCCCUGGCGAAACAGUCUCAUGUGCCAUUUCUUGGCUGUAUCCCACUUGAUCCACAGCUGGCACAGUCGUCAGAGGAAGGGAAAGACUUCCAGGAACUAUUCGCACAGUCGCCAACAUACACUGCAUUGAACGAGGUGUUACAAAAACUCAUAGCUGUUGAUAAAGACUUUUAGCACUAAAUGACAUCAUCAACUGAUGCUUAUUUGUGAAAAAGUGCCAUUGUGAUACAAUUAAGUAUUCAAAAUUCAUAAUUACUAAGUACCUUGAGAAUUGUAGACUACUGUAUUUAUUUGUAUUGUCAACAAGAAUUUGAUGGAUAGCCAUUAUUUUACAUCAAAGGUCUUUACUGAGUAAUACAACAAGUAAUUUUGUUCUGUAUAGCUAUUUCGAGGGAAAUAAUGGAUUAACUUCAAGAUUUGAAAAAGCGUCCAUGUUAUUCACUUAACGAACACUAUCAGUUGAAUGAAAAGAUCUUAGUUUCUGUUUGAAAACAUCAUAAGUGUCUUAGAAGAAAACAGUAGUGACUUACAUGUAUGCCUUGUACUUUUAACUUCAUGCACAAUACAGAAAAGAUGGCAAUAUGAUAUUAAGUGCUUGACUUACUAAGUCGGCAAGCACAGAGUUUUAAAACGUAAGAUUGUAAAUAGUUUUGAAAUAUUUCAGUCUUUAUUGUCAGUGAUUUUGUGUAUGUUUUGAUGUGUUCUUGUUCUGUUGAUCGGGUAAAUUUUUGCUACUUCAAGUAGUAUAACUCUUGACGUUUUGCAACAAUUCUAAGAGAGAGCUUAAUGAAACAUUAAAUCCGGCAUACAGAAAUAAUAAUAAUUUUCAUUUAUAAACAGCAGCCAUUUUGGAUGUCAUUCUUUAAUUCGGAUGAAAAACUCCAGUGUAAAAUAGCUAUCAUGCUGAUAUAAAUUACUCCCACCUAUUAAGUAAUUGACCAAUCACAGUCUGUGCACUAGCAAUAAGAAAAAAAUGGCGCAUUCUGUACAACCAUUAUAAGCUGGGAACAAGUCGACCCUACCUCAGAAAAAAGUUUGUAGAGUUCUGCUCUUGUGUGAGAAAGGCAGGAUUUUUAUGCCCCCGAAGGUGGGCAAAUUAAAAUCGCGCUGUCCAUCGUGUGUGUGCAUGCGUCCAUAUAAAUUCUUGUACGGGCUGUAACUUAACAUUCAUAAGGGGAUUUGAAAAUAAUUUGACACAAAUGUUAACCAUAUUGAGGUGUAUCAUGCUUUUGACUCCGUGUCUCUCAGGUCAAGGUCAAGGUCACAAAAUGUGUGAUUUUUUUUCUUGUCGGCUUCGGAGGCAUUUGUCACUAAUAGUGAUAGCUCGUUAGUCAAGUAGUACUAGCGUUAAAUUAGUCUACGAGUGAUGUUGAUGAUUGUCCUUUCUUUAUUUUGUAGGUCAUGAAAUAAUACAAAUCUUUGUAUAUGGAAGUUUAUACCUUUAUAAAGUUCAACACUUGACUGGUUUUAGUAAAAUUUUUGCUAAUUUUCUAAGGUUUCUUUAAGGUAGUUCUGCACUUUUGGAUCGAAACAUUUUCUGCAAUGUAGAAUUUGAUUAAACUCUGAUUUUUCAAAACUUAAGAAUAUACCUUGAAAAUUCAGCAAAUAAAAAAGAUAUGGUCGUGUGCUUGAUUUUUUGCUAGACUGAUUUGAAAAGUCCGGACAUCACGCAAUGUUUCAUAAUGGGAGUCUAUGGGAAAAUCAUAAUUUUCCUAACAUUUUCGGUAAUAGAAUGUUUUCUACAAUGUAGAUUUUGAUAAAACUUCUCACAGUUGUAAAUAAACACAUGGCCUAUCAUUUGGUUAAAUAAAAUUUAUAGGUCCGUGUGCUUAUUUCUGAGCUAUUUGACCAUGAUUAAAGUGAACCGGACAUUUCAAGCUAAUUCUAAGACAUUAUUUUGAAUGUUUUAUCGUGUACUAUGUUUUAAUGUCAUAUUUUGACUUUAGAAAUAUAGCAACAGUACCACUGUAAUACAUUUACUCACAUGUUUCCAUUAAUUCAUAAACUGAUUUUCAUUUCCGUACGCCGAAUCCAGGCUUUAGUCUGCGUUUUCAGGAUAAAUGACGUUAUGCCAUCACUUCCGGUUUUUCAAACGUGCAGAACUACCUUAAGCUUUAGCCUGCUGGCAGCAAGUGAUUCUGCCUUUGCGACCAGUCCAGACCAAGAUCAGCCUGCACAUCCGUGCAGUCUGAUCAUGGUCUGCACUGUUCGCUAUUCAGUCAGUAAAUUUUCAGUGAAAAUCCCUUCGAAUAAUAAAUGGUAUUGCCCAUAUUGAAUGAUGGACCAGUCCAUUUUAGAAAUUUAGCAGGCUAAGGGUUAAGCUUUAUCUAAAAAGAAAUUUGGUCAGAUAUUGCAUAUUCCCCUUUCUUCGUUUGCCAUUGUCGUAUUCAGUAACACAGAGACACUCGGAAGUAUAGGCUAGUACUGAUGACCACUGUAACGAUUAUUGACUUGUUUUCCAAGUAGUAUUGUUAUUACUUAACUUUUUGUUAAUGACUAAGACCUCUUUACAUGAUGUUCAUGCUACAUGUUGUACCAUCUCAGCAAGUUGAACUGUGGACUACAGAGGUAACAAGCUUAGUCCCUAGACAUAACAUCCUUUAUAAGUUAUAUUGCUCAUUUCAUUCAACCUGUCCAUUUGUUUCAUGUUUGAAAGUUGUCAAACCAGUUUGUUCUGAUAAAUAAUACUGCAAGUUUAAGGUAGCAGCUAUCAGUGAUUUCAAUGUGAUUACACUUCUUGUAUGGCAUUUUAGCCUUCUUUGUACAAUAAGUCACACGACCUGGCUCACAUGAGUUAACCGAUGGCUGAAAUGGCAUCUAGAGAAUACAUACGAUAAUCAAAUGCAGGGCUAGCGCUGGGUUGAAAAAAGUUUGAGCCAAAUUUUUACGCAGCAGACCGAAGAGGCUCGCAUGCCCAUUCGCGUGCCCACGACAGGGCUUUGGUGGGGUUCACAGGGGGGCUUUGCCCCCUGAAACUUUUGGGCUUUAAGGUAUUUCAAAUGCUUAGAUUGCAGCAGAAAACCCCUUUAUCCAUAAACUUUAAAUCAUACUAAAUGCUUCAUAACUGAAUAGUCUGUCCUUGUGUAAUAAUAAGCAAAACAGUGCAUCAAGGAUAAAUUUAUUAUUAAUCAUAGUUUAUAUCAUUUCUCAAUAAACUAACAAUAUAGGCUCGCACGCCAAUUUGCGUGGCCAUGACAGGGCUUUGGUGGGGUUCACAGGGGGCUUUGCCCCCUUAUACUUUUGGGCUAUUUCAAAUGCUUAGAUUGCAGCAGAAAACAGCAUUAUCCACAAAUGUUAAAUCAUAUUAAAUGCUUCAUAACUGAAUGGUCUGUCCUUGUGUAAUAAUAAGCAAAAUAGUGCAUCAAGGUUAAAUUUAUUUUUAACCAUAAUUUAUAUCAUUUCUCAAUGAAUUAAUAAUACUGGUAUAUUAUAUACAUGUAACGAGUGUAUAUCAAAAUCCCCUUGAUCAAAAUCCCCUCCACUGAAAAAUGACUGUGUGUUACAAAAUCCCCUUCACACAUUUGCAGGGGGUACCAUAAUCCCCUCUGUGAUUAACAUUAUAGAUAUAUAGAUAUUAGUGCUCCAAAUUAUAUUAUGUUUGCUAAAGGCAUUGUAUUUACGUGCUUUAUGCAAUAGACUUUUAAGUUGUAUAUAGUUGUAUUUGAACUUGAUGAAAUAAGUAAAAAUCACAGAGGGGAUUAUGAUACCCCCUGCAAAAGUAUGAAGGGGAUUUUGUAACACCCUAUCAUUUUUUAGUGAAGGGGAUUUUGAUUGUCUCCCACAUGUAACUACUGGGACAACUCUUAAGCAAUGUUUUUAUUUAUUAAUUUUGAAAUAAAUCACACAAUUUUACAAGUAAUCCACAAGCAACCAAGGAAAGUCUAUUUUCCAUUUUUUAGCUGGAUUGUUUCACUUUUCACAGAUUUUGCUUUCUUUGCAGGAGGUAAACUACCUGAUUCAGAACUAAGAUUCUCAGCCGUAAUGACAAGCAAGAAAUUAAUUUAAAAACAUUUUAUUAUAUACUUUUUGGCAUCAAUAAUGAAUUACUUAUUUGAAAUAAUUUUAUUUAAUUAAACUUUUUUGAACAAUAAACAUGAUAAAGAUCAAACUUUAAUCUUGUCUUUUGAUGAGAUAAUAAGAUGGCCCAAUAUUUUAUUCAAUCAAGGAACUUCAAUCAUGGCAUGAUUGUGCCACAAACAAACACCUUUGAUCCAUGUAUAUUCAUUAAUCAGUACCAAUUUAGCUAAACAAACUGUGAGAGAUGCUUUUAAUUACCCCAAGGGCACAGGUUUAUUGUCACUUGAUGGUGACUGUGCCUCUUGUUUAUUGUAUGUUUGUCACAGUCUGUCUUGGCACUCUUUGGUCCAAAAUAACAUUAUAUAAAAAUUGACUGGUUUUAGUUCUUAAAGUAGGGUUUUUUUAGAGUUUGAGCCAUUUCUGAAUUUUCUUGAGCCGAAAUUAGCAUUUUAAGCAUUUUGCUCAAAAUGCCCAUUCCAGCGCUAGCCCUGAAAUGCUUAUCUCAGACUGGCAAUUUUCGGUCCACAACCUUAAGCAUUUUGACUCAGUUUGAUGAAAAUAUGAGCCACGCCAUGAGAAAACCAACAUAGUGGCUUUGCGACCAGCAUGGAUCCAGACCAGCCUGCGCAUCCGCGUUGUCUGGUCAGGAUCCAUGCUGUUAGCUUUCAAAGCCUAUUGCAAUUAGAGAAACUGUUAGCAAACAGCAUGGAUGCUGACCAGACUGCGCGGAUGCGCAGGCUGGUCUGGAUCCAUGCUGUUCGCAAAGCCACUAUAUUGGUUUUCUCAUGGUGCGGCUCAAUUAUUGUAGCCGAUAUAUUGCCAUGUUCCAUAUUGAAGAUUUGAAUGUUUGUUAUCUUUGUACAUUAUUGUAGCAUAGCAAAGCUUACAAUGUGAUAACUAUUUUUAUAUACACAUUUGUGCUUGUCAACAUGUAAUAAAUUAUCUGUUACAACAAAA